AUGCAACACAAAUUGUUAAAUCUAUUCCAGUUACCAGAACGUGCUUUAGACAUGAUCCUUUCUAACUUAAGUAAUGAAGAUUACCUAAAAAUGGUUGAAGCUUAUGAAGAAUUUAUACCUCAACAAAUGUCAUUAUCAAGAUUAAAAAGUAUUUUUGGUGAGAAGAUUGAGAUUGAAAAAAAAUUAGAAAACCGAGGAUGGCAUUACCUUAUUCGUAAACUUAUUAAACAAGCACAUCCACAAGAGUUAGUUUCUAAUAUAAGUGACAAUAGAUUUUUUACUGUAUCUGGGAGAAAAUACUCUCCUACAAGUGCUAAACAUAUGGAUAUGUGCACUCAUAUUGGUCAAUACCCUUUUGGUCCAGAAAAAAUGGUUGGUGUUAUGACAAACCCAAACAAUGAACGUGUUAUUAUUGAAUCAAAUAUCUAUUAUUUUGAAGUAACAUUUGAUAAAAUAGAUAAUCCAUUUGAAUAUACUUUUGCUAUUGGACUUUGUCCGUUACAUUAUAAAAAAGAUAAAUUCAUUGGUUGGGAAGAAAAUUCUAUUGGAUAUCAUUCAGAUGAUGGUAAAAUGUUUUAUAACAAUCCAAAAGGAAAGACAUUUGCAAAACCUUAUGGACAAGGAGAUACAGUUGGUUGUGGAUUUGAUGUUUCAAAUCAUAUUGUUUUCUUUACAAUAAAUGGGGUUAGUCUUCCUCUUAUUCCUGUUAAAGAAAAUGCUUUUUACCCUGCAAUUAGUUUAAGAAGUUACAAAGACUUUACUAUCAACUUUGGAGAAGAACCAUUUAAAUAUGAUGUUUAUCAUUUUAAAACAAAAGAUGAAGUUAAGGAUGGUCAUAAAGACCAAAGUAGUGAACAAACCUUUGAUAAAUCAAACUUGUUUUUCAAUUCUAAACUAUUAAAUCACUUCUUAAACUCAGAAGAUGAAAGUUCUGGUUCAAAUAGUUUUAAUCCAACUAAUUCAAAUUGUGAAAGAACGAAUAAAGACGAAAUAAGUGAAGAUGGAACCAACAGGGAUAAUUCUAAUAAUGAGGGGUCUGAGGAUGAAGAAUUAGAAGAGUCAAUAGAUGAAGAUACUGAUGAAGACACAAGUAGUAUUUUCUCUGAAUAA